AUGAUGAGGUCAUUCAAGUCCAUUCUUGUACCCCUGUCGGCGGUUGUCGCAACGGCCGAACUCGGGUUUCUACCUAAUUCUCAUGUUUACGUCGUGGGUGCCGAGACAAACGACGUGGCACUCAGUCUUCCGGAAGACGUGCAGGAGAACCCGGAGGGACACAGCGAGAGCUCGCAAGAAGUUGACGUCUUCGGGGAGGGAUGGAACAAGUUUGAGGGUCCGGGGUUCGGAGAAUUCCCAAGCGUUGACUUCCGACACCUGUAUGCACAAGUUCAGGAGAUGAUGCGGGCGUUUUCGGGUCUAGGCGUGGAGCCUUUUGGCCGGCCUUUUUUCGGGGAGUCUCCCGGUUCUCCCGCCUUCCCCCGGCUGAGAAUUGCGAAACCCAAAACCUCGCUCAAGCGAGUUGGCGCGUGCCGUUACGUCAUUUCCUGGAUGCAGGGCGUGACGGCGAACAACGUGCGCGUGGUGUUGCACUUGCAGAGUCGUCAGGUUGAGGUUCAGUAUCGCGCAUGCACUCGCCAUGAUGAGAAGACCGAGCACGGGGAGAGUCACAGCGAGUCGAGAGAGCAGUCCUCUCAGUCCGUGUCUGUGGACCCUGAGUGCAUUAUGACCCGCGAGGUUGUCGCACAGAAACUAGCUGGGUGGGCGGACAACGGAGAGAGUGUACCGCCAGGCUCUCCGAAAAAGCUGCUCAUUACAUUCCCUUCUCCCGAACACAUCAACCAGCUGAUCAAGGAAGGGCACGUUCCAGAGGGGGCUCUGGAAAAAGUCAAGGGGGGAGAUUUUUCGGAUUUCACACCGACACAGAUGUGUCUGCUUUCCGGCAGAACUCCUCACGAGUGUGCGCUGGCGGAGGGCCAGCAAGUCGAGCUCGAGGAAACGCCUCUUCCCUCGAGCCCGAGCACUCCCGAUAGUGUCGACCUUCCUCGUUUCUCGAACCAUAACGGAGAAAUAUAA